UAUUAGUUCCAUAAAUCUCCGUUAGAGGAUACGAUAUCGUCAUUCGUACAUGUGUAUUUUGUGUGCAGUGUUGAUUUAUACGAGUUUUUAAUAUUUCAGAAGGAUUGUAUAACAAAUUAAUACAAUGGGAAAAAAUAAAAAAACUCGUAAAGUUGUAAUGCAGAGGUUCGCACAAAUGAAGAAGAUGAUCAGUCUCAGUGAUUCAAGAAUAAAACCAGAGAAACGAGCACCUCCAAAGAAAACUAAAUCAGAAGACCCAAUAAAAUUAAAAGUUAAUGAAGCACCUCAGCAAUCUUCCGCAUUAUUCUUUCAAUAUAAUACGCAAUUAGGACCUCCCUAUCAUAUUUUAAUAGAUACGAAUUUCAUUAAUUUUUCUAUAAAAAAUAAAUUAGAUAUUAUACAAAAUAUGAUGGAGUGUUUGUACGCAAAGUGUAUACCAUAUAUAACGGAUUGCGUAAUGGGAGAAUUAGAAAAACUUGGUCAGAAAUAUAAAAUAGCUUUAAGAAUUAUAAAGGAUCCUAGAUUUGAAAGAUUAAAUUGUAUGCACAAGGGUACUUAUGCGGAUGACUGUCUUGUAAAUAGAGUAACACAACACAAAUGUUAUAUUGUCGCUACCAAUGACAAAGAUUUAAAAAGAAGAAUACGAAAGAUACCUGGUGUUCCUAUAAUGUAUGUUUCACAACAUAGAUAUACCAUUGAAAGAAUGCCGGAUGCUUAUGGUGCUCCUAAGAAAUGAUAUUGAUAUUAUCAUUUAUUUAAUUUAAUAAAAAUUAAACAAUUAUACGUUUAUAACGUUAAUUGUUACUUCUUGUAUAAUAAAUAUUACUUUAUUAUUAAAGUUAAUACACGUGAGGAAUAUUGUAAACAAAAUAAAUUUUUG